AUGUCAUCCUUGUUCUCUUAUUUAGCAACAUAUUACCUGCUCCCGACCUUCGUGAUUUCGCUAGCCUUGCAUCCACCGCAAAUUCGCGACGGCUCAAUCACCCUGACGAAACCCUCGUUGCUUCUUCCAUCCUUGAACGCUUCUGCCGGAUCAGAGAACUCGAAUACCAUGCCCAUCCUCACCUGGGCAAAGGUUAGCUGCGAUGAUCGCAGUUUUGGCAAUCCCCCGGCUGCUAGCUGCAAGGACGCUCUGGCUCAGAUCCCGCAAGAUCCAGCCACUAUCAUCACGGACCCUGAGCGUAGCUACGGACCGCGCGGCAAGGGUUCCUGGGAUGUCAACCUUCCGAAACGAUACGUUGGCUCGGAUGGGCAAUGCAUUAUCGAUCUUAUUCAGACGUCUUACCCUUCACAUGUGAGGAAUGACGACUUGCUUGGGGCCGCGACUAUCAUCCAGCAAGAGUGCGUGGAGAAAGCUAUACCUCCUAAGGGCGGCGUAGUCUUCGACAUGGCGGAUGAACUCAAUUUCGUCUUGCUCAUGCAAUCCUGGUCCCCACCUUUCGUAAGGUGCUCGAACACCCCGCUGGCAACACGCCCUGUGUCGGCCUCUUGUCAGACGAUUCUCGACACCAUGAACGUUUCGAUCGAACAGACGACUUUUGGGGCUGUUGGCAUCGCGGGCGUCGAAGAACACCUCCCGCAGGUUUUGACGGAGCGUGAGCAUCAUUGCCCUUUGCUUUCGAUGAAAAGGUUCUUUUUGCUGAAAUCUGCUGCGUGUUCUCUAGCUACUGGGCAAUGCUCUAUUACUGUUGAUACGACCGCGCCGGAUGAUGCGGCUUCGUGGUUUGACUUAUGGCAGGCCGCUGUUGCUUUGGAUGGCAUGUGUGCGAGGGGUGGGAGGGCGGGCAAAGCGCGCUUUUUGGGUGAGUCGAUGCUGAAUGAGUGCUGUUUAGUUUCGUACGAACAAUAG